CGAACCAUUCCUUGGGGGGGGGGGAGGCUCUCCAGUCCGUGCUCUCAGGCGGCGGCGGCGGCUCGCGGUUCCCUCUUCUCUGCGUCCCUCGGCGCCGCUUAACUCCCGUUUCUGCGUCUUCUCCCGCGCGGGGGCCUCUCGGCGGCCGUGUCCGUCGCCGGCUCCCCCCCUUCUCCUGCCAGGUGGUCUCGCCCAGCGUCGGCGUUAACGGAAAGCGCUGAGGGGGCCGAAGAUGGCGGCGGCGGCGGCUUGGCCCCUCAGCGACUGAAGGCGCCCUGCCAUGUCGGACUCGGAGGAGGAGUGCCCUGAGCGGCAGCUCAAGUUCGUGGUGCUGGGCGACGGCACCUCCGGCAAGACAUCCUUAGCUACACGUUUUGCUCAAGAAGCUUUUGGGAAGCAGUACAAACAAACCAUAGGACUUGACUUCUUUUUGAAAAGAAUAACACUCCCAGGAAAUGUAAAUGUUACUCUUCAAGUAUGGGAUAUAGGAGGCCAAACAAUAGGAGGCAAGAUGUUGGAUAAAUAUGUCUAUGGCGCACAGGCUGUCCUCCUGGUGUAUGAUAUCACUAACCAACAGAGCUUUGAAAAUGUAGAAGAUUGGUAUAAUGUUGUAAAGAAGGUCAACGAAGAGUCAGAAACUCAGCCACAUGUGGCUCUCGUAGGCAAUAAAAUUGAUCUGGAGCAUCUGCGGACAGUAAAAGUUGAUAAGCAUCUUCGAUUUUGCCAGGAAAAUCAUUCUAGCAGUCAUUUUGUGUCAGCCAAGACAGGUGAUUCCGUCUUCCUGUGUUUUCAAAAAAUUGCUGCUGACCUCCUUGACGUCAAAUUAAACAAAGCGGAAAUAGAGCUAUCACAGAGUGUAGUGAAGGCGGAUAUUGUAAACUAUAGCCAGGAGCCCGUGACAAGAACAGUUAACUCUCCUAGAAGCUCAAUGUGUACAAUUCAGUGAACUUUUUUUGUAUUGAUCUCCUUUGGCAGCCAUACUACCUUUGCAAAGACGUUGCCCGGAAUGUUGUUUUAACAGGGAACAUUUCUGUAGAGCGUUUAGAAGUUUCAAGAACUUACUACCCUUUUGUGUGUUGAAAAGCAGCAGGCAGUGUUUUUGGCUAGUCAAGAUUCAAAUGUUGGGACCACACACUUUGAAAAAUUAUGAGAUAUAUAUAUCUAUAUAUCUAUAAUCUUGUGAAUUAUAUUUCAAUAAAGGAAUACAACUAUGUAUACAGACGCCCUUUACAUAUAUUGUCACUUUGUGGGACAGGGAAAUUAAAAAUGUAUAAAUGAUACAGGAUAAUCAGUGAUGCUUGAAAUACAGCUGUGGAGUUGAAAAUAAAUCUCUGCUUACAGA